AUGGAUUCAGCAAAAAUCAAGAGUAUGCGUGAGCAUAUGACACACGAGCAUAAUGACACGUUGUCGUACUACUUGGAAGGCUAUACUCAGAAAGCAUCAAUACCAGGAAGCUGUGUUCUCAAAAGUAUUAAUGAGAAUGGAAUAGAGAUUGAAUACAAGACGCCAGACAAGAACUCCAAACGCGCGAGACAAAUGAUCUUGUUCCCACAUCCUGUCACCACGGUGGCAGAAGCGCGGGAUAUGCUGGACCAGAUGAGAAGCACGGCACUUAUCUGCCUUGGCUUGUCUCCUUAUCAAGUAACGAACUACCGUUUUACGCUUUCGCAAGCGAUCUCGUUGGGCAUAGGAGCACUGAUCACGAUCGCAUACACGACAUCCUACAACCCAUUUCCGUUCAAUUAUAUUUUAACUCCUAUGCGUGCAUACGUCCCAACUCACUAUCACCUCCUUGCCGGGCUGGGAUUCCCGAUAUCUCAUGUACUGAAAUUUUUGUCGUCGGCGCAGUCAAAGGGGGAAAAGUUGGCUCCCGACCACGACUGUUUCCGCUUCCUUCAUCGGUUCUUCCUUGCUAUUUAUAUUCGAUAUAUGGACUCCACCCUCGAUGGGUUUUCACUGCCAGAGUUGGGCUGGGACUGGGCGACCGCCUUUGCCCAGAACGAGCACCCUUUCGACCCUUUACACAAUUCUAUGAUUUAUGAAGCUAAUUCAACUGAUUUCCUUUUUGACCCGAUAUCCGCUUCUGUAGUCACGCCCACUGUCGGCUUGGGCUCCGCCGCUCCAGCUGCCCUAGGAGAACAAACUCUGGGAGGCGUCGAAAUCAACUGGGAUAUACUCUCCAACGACUGCUUUAUGCAAUGCUUUACGACUACGGCCCCUUCCUUUGCAAACACUGCGACAUCUGUUUCACAUUUGGACGGGGGAACACAAAACGUUGUUGGCUACGAAGAAAAUCGGGCUGUCGAGCUCUCAUUACAAGAUUUAGCCACGAUCGAAGACGUGUUGAGCCGCGCCGCAGACAGUUGCCUCGCUCACCCAUCACCGUCAAACUGGGCCGAAGGAUGCGCACAGCCAAAUCCCGACAUCCAAGAAGAUUAUACCAAAGGAGAUGAAAUUAGUGGCACAUUAUCAACUCAAAGCGACGCGCACGAAAGGGAAUCUCAGCAUAUCAACCCGAUCGAUGCGGAGGAACGGCGAGGGUAUCCGUACUGGGGGGCGGAGCACUCGGAUCAACCCCCUUCAUAUGUCUCGACGCCCAUCCUACGGCGAGCUCAAGGCCUUCACACUCUCAAGGACCCAAAGCCUGGUGAAAGGCCACCAUAUAACCUGCGGACGCUGAUCAAAAUGGCCAUCCUUGGUUGCCCGGACCAGAGGCUCCAAAUUGACCAGAUAUUCGAGCAGAUCAUGGGCCGCUUUGAAUACUAUCGACUUGCAGAGAGUAAAAAAAGUGUUGGAUGGAAGAACUCUAUUCGACAUCAACUUUCUCUGUAUGCCUGCUUUGUCAAGCGUGAAAAGGAGCGUGGCGAAGUGGGAAGGGGAGUUUGGUGGACGGUGGAUGAGAAAGCAACAAAACGGCAACUCAAACGUGGCCAGAAAACUCCAUAUGAGUGCACCGAGUCUAUCUCGAGUCGGAAAAGGUCAGAUUCAAGGGUUGUUCGAUCAGGGAACCACUCUCAAGCGCGCCCUAUUAUGAGCAGUCAAGGAACGACAUACCGGCCACUACCAGCUUUUUCAGCGGCCAAACACCUGUCAUCGUCGCUCCCUAUGGUACCAUCCACCAGAUCCAGUGGCUCGACCCGAAGCAAGCUUGCCAGCUUUGGAGCCGAACCAUUAACUCCCCGCUCAAAGAUGCAGCCAUACUUAUCAUUCACAUCUCGUCCUUUGCAAGCCAGGCCAUCUCAACUGCUGACCGCCAAUCCUGCAUCAAUCCUCACCAGAGUCGCAGGCGCUUCCCGUCCAAAGGCGCAAAAGUCUGAGGGCCCCGAUUCUCUCAAGCCCUACAGCACUCCAGCGUAUUCUGUACGACCCCUACCCUCUCGGGUGUACGCAGCAUCGUGGACAGGGACGAAUCCGCUCAAAUUUGGGAGGGGAACGAUCUCCAAUUUGGCCGAUAGUCCAGCUGGUCAAGCGUUGACGCUAUCGACGGAGAAGGGCUACGCAAGUUCAAGUUGA